AUGAGCCCCGUCCGGCGGUACACAACCGUCUCCAUCCCUGCCUCCUACGGCCGGCUCGACGACGGCCCAUCCCCAGGCACCGUAGCGGGCAUCGUCCUAGGCAGCGUCGCAGGGUUCAUCUUCCUCCUCUACCUAGCCUACUUAGGCCUCGGACUCAACAACAAACCAAACCCCGACGACGUGGAAGUCAGCACGGUGACGACGGAGUCCGCGCUAUCGAGGCGGGUGCGCCGGGCGCGCCGCGGCGGCAGCGGCGGGGGACGAGUCGAGGUGGUCGAGGAGCGGCGCAGACGGCAUCCCGACGAUCAUAUUGUGGUGGAGGAGUCGGUGACGUCUGCGUCGAGGACGGAUGAGGGGGAUGUGGUGGAGGUUUUGGAGGAGCAUUCGUCGAUUGAUGGGCCGGUGGCGCCGCCGCGGUCGAGGUCGAGGAGGAGUCGGGUGUCGGGGUCUUAUCGGACUGUUGAUCCGUAUGAGUAUGGGGGUGGGAGUUCGUAUGAUGGGCGGUGA